CGCACACACAGGCGCCAAAAUGCAAAGUCAUGCUGAUGACUGGAAAAAAAAUGCAACUAAUUCAGCCGAAGGCCGUCGUUUGUUGGGACUCCCCAUUGGACGGAACCCAAUCCAGCCACACCCUCGACCUGUGGCGCCCGGACAAAUCGGCCCGGUGUGGCUGUACAUUAGUCGCAGUUGCCGCUCAGGGUCGGAGGUAGGGUCAGGGGCAGUGGGCUGGGUCACCAGUACACUUCGCGGUUCGGGCCAGGACGAGCACUCCGUGCUGAGUUACGUUCAGUGGCUUGCUGCUACACAUUGAGCUGCUUCUUGGACCGCUGUCAGUUCCAGUUUGUAAUCUGUGUGAGAGGGGACCGGAAGCUGUGACUUUUCCCGCAGUCGGAGUGCCUCGAAAAGACAAGCACUCAGAAUCAAACACUGAAGGACGGACGUCGGAUUCGAUCCCGGGAUCGCCCGGGGCUCUCGUUAUUCCAGGAAUGCGUCUAAUGUCACUGGAGUGUGGCUCUGACUCAGGCAAGAAUGUCACAGCUGACCCAGAUUUUCAUCAGAUUGCAAGAAUGUUCAAUAAUUACACCAUUUCCAGACAGCCCACACUUCUGCUUGAAGUUUAACACAGUGCCACAUUACAAAUUAUCUACAUGAUUGGGAAAUGGGGACACCGCAAGUAUUCACAAGCAACACAGCGUUAACUGUCAGAUAAUUUACCCCAUGGUCAUUGGCUGCAGAACGGAUAUUAUCCUGAUCGUUCAGUGUUGGGAUCUUUUACGUCAACCUGAGAGAGCAGGUCAGCCCACUAAUCAUCUGUAGAUUCCAAAUUCAAAGUGAAGAAGAGCAUUGUGCAGACUCACAGAACUGUGUAGCAGGUUCACGAUGAACAAGUGUACUCUGUGGUUUCAUUUGGAAGGAUUCCGUUAGAACUGUUCAGCUUGGAGAACAUGCACUUUAACUGCUGAGGACAUCUCCUCCUCCAUCUUUUCGCCAUUGAGUCUGAACACAGGAGUGUGUUGUUACUGAAAGGAAAAGGUUGCAGUCUGAUCACCAAAGCUCAUGUCAAGCACAGCCACAGACUCUCCUGCAUUCCAGUCUGCCGAUGAGAAUACGAGACAAUGUGACAUCUCAAAAUGGAAUUGCGAUCAGUAAAUGGGGAACUAAAUCUUAAUUUCAGUUGAUCCAGAUUUGCUGAUUAAUCUCCUUAACCCAUACUGUACUAAUCUUCUUGUCUGCCUUCUCCCACACAAAAUCUCUGAGCCAUGAGGGGGAAUCUCACUCCCAGAACAUAAAAGGAAGAAUCUAGGAUAAGUAACCGAUUUUGUUGGAUUGACGUUGAGCAGGCAAUGAGGAUCGAGGACCUCAGUGCUAGGGCUAUGACCUGAGACCCAGUAAGAGAAAGCUCCCAAUAAACUGCUGGCAAGCAGCCGUUCCUGUGUCGAAGAGAGGGGGAAAGGGGCCCCAGUGAAUUAAAUGUUCUGCUCCAGGAGGAGAGACGGCAGGUGGUUGGUUAAUGUGGCAGCGGCUGAUAUCCCAUCCUUAAAGAGGCACGGGCACAUGGAUCACGAUCUGACGUGCCACCCUUGCCAGGCGUUGGCUGUGAUGCACGACAUGAGGCGGGACAGGCAGCUGUGCGACGUGACGCUGCGCGUGACCCACAACGGGAAGGAGCAAGUAUUUGCCGCUCACCGGCUGGUCCUGGCCGCCAGCAGCCCCGUCUUCCGGGCCAUGUUCACCAGCGACCUGAAGGAGCACCAGGCCUCUGAGGUGGAGCUGGAGGGUAUCGAGCCCAGGGUGAUGGAGUCCCUGAUCGAGUUUGCCUACACCUCCCUGAUCUCAGUGGAUGAGCAGUGCGUGCAGCAGCUGAUGCUGGCCGGCAGCAUGUACCAAGUGGAGGGUGUGAUUAACGCUUGCUCCAACUUCCUGGUCAAGAACAUGGACUCAUCCAACGUCAUUGGCAUCUGCCAGUUUGCUGAGCAAAUUGGCUGCACCAAGCUUCACCAGAAGGCCAAGCAGUACGUCAACAUACAUUUCACGGAGGUGAUCAAGGAGGAAGAAUUUUUUAACCUGACGCACUGCCAGCUACUGGAUCUCAUCAGUCAGGAUCAGCUGAAUGUCCUAUGCGAGACUGAAGUCUACAAGGCGUGCAUGGAGUGGGUGCGCUGGGAUCUGGAGGGACGAGCGCAGUACUUUCAUGCCCUGCUUAAUGCCCUGCAGAUCUAUGCCUUGCCCCUGCGCUUCCUCAAGCACCAGCUGCAAGUGUGCCCAAUCCUGGACAAGCUGAACCUGUGCCGGGAUUUCCUCUCCAAGAUCUUCCAGGAGAUGAAUCUACGCAAACAGCUGCCCCCAGUCAGGCAGAGGGGGAACAAGCUGAUCUACGUGGCUGGUGGCUAUUGGCACCAUUCUGUGGCCAACAUGGAAGCAUUCAGCCCCAGGACAGGACAGUGGCUGAAGUUGGCAGAUAUGCCAGUGCCAAGGAGCGGCACAGGCACCUGUGUGGUACUGGGGCUCUUUUACACAGUGGGUGGCAGGAACAACUCGCAGGGUGAGAAUGUGGACAUGGACGCGCUGGACUGCUACAACCCCUUGACCAACAAGUGGACCCAGAGGGCACCCAUGAGUGUGCCCAGGAACCGGGUUGGAGUCGGGGUGAUCGACGGAGUCAUCUACGCUGUCGGUGGCUCCUGUGGCUCCUUGCACCACAGGAGCGCAGAGAAGUAUGACCCAGAAACAAACCAAUGGAAACACAUAGCGCCAAUGGGCACACGACGCAUAGGAGCUGGUGUGGCAGUGUGGAAUGGACUUCUCUACGUGGUGGGUGGAUUUGAUGGGAAUAACCGAUUGGACAGUGUGGAAUGUUACUAUCCUGAGAGGGACGAAUGGAGGUCGGUCACCCCAAUGGGAUCUGUUCGUAGUGGAGCUGGUGUUGUCACAUUGGGCAAUCAUAUCUACAUUGCUGGUGGUUACGAUGGUCGGGAGCAGAUUUCAUCGGUUGAACGUUACUGCACAGAGGAUGAUAGAUGGGAGUGUGUUGCCAGUAUGAAGCACAGUCGGAGUGCAAUGGGAAUAACUGCAUUUCAGGGAAAGAUUUACACGCUGGGUGGUUUUAACCAGGAAGGGUUCCUGGACAGUGUUGAGUGUUACGACCCAGAGAAGAAUGAAUGGACCGAGGUGACCACCAUGCCUACUGGGCGAAGCGGGGUGGGAGUCGCUGUCACCAUGGAGCCCUGUCCGAGAAACCUGACUCCCACCCAGACGAUGGAGACAGUUGCCCCCACCCUCAUUCCCAGCUGAUAGUGUGGGAAAAUGACUGGGGUUGGCCAUCUCCCCUUCCCUCCUCCGCCGUCCCGGCCCACUCACUGCUGCGGGGCCUCAGACUGUCUGGCGCAGUACGAAGCCCUGCAGAGAAGGAGGAGUGAAACCAGAAGAGAUCCGUCCCCUGGGACUGAGGCUGUGCCGUAAACAGGAAAGCAGGAAGCUGAAUUUGGCAGAGAAUGAAACUCUGCUUAAAAGCACCAAUCAGGAUUGGAAAUGACUGAAGUCUUGUUAUUUUUGUCUUGCCAUUUGAACAGGAGCUACAGGGAUAUCUGGCAAUAUACGAGGCAAGAUUUCCAGGGCAGCUGCACAAUAUUGUUAGUAAUUCGCCAGCAUAUCUUUACUUCAUUUGUUAAUAUUUUGUACAGUAGUAUAAAGGACUUUCACUAAACCCGGUGAGUGUGAAGAGUGUGGCAGACAGAACUGGCGAGUUUCAGCUUGAAACAUUACAGGCUCCUCUGACGCCAGUUUUCGAUGCACUCAGUCUCUGCUGCUAUACUUGAUCCCUGACCCACACUCCGCACUAAAGAGUGAGCCAGAUGCUGAACUGUCAGGAUUUCUGAAUAAUCAAGAGUCUCAACCUAUUUGCCACUGCUAUGCUGAGGAAAUGGAUCCCUCAUUUCAGCCCCACGUGACCUGUCUCUCAUUUUGAGACCUUUCAAAUCAACGGCCAAGGGAGAAGUACUCCUUCCAUCUCUCCUAUUGACAAUCUCAUUGUAAAUACUGUUGAUAACUGUACAUUACUUCAGAGAUAAGUUAUGUUUCUUGUAGAAAAUUCUCAACACUUCAACAAUAAACCAUAA